AUGACUGCACCGACUACUUUUGGCACUUUCACCGACGGCACUGCGACGAGCUUCCCGGUCGAUACCCCGACCUCCUCUGCUGUUGUUCCACCACUGUCCACCGGGGUUUCGCUGUCCACUGGUCCUUACUCUUCCUACUUGCCAUCCACAAUACCGCCCUACGGUAACGGUACAAGCUUGACUUCCAGCUGGGGUACAGGCAUCACCCCCACCCCUUCAUCAACCUUCACAUCUCCUUCUAAUGCAACAACUUCUGGCUACUAUGGCAUUCCUAGUAUUUCCAUUAGCACCCUUAGCUGGAACCAGACGAGCUCGGUUGCCACUGAUACGCUCACUGCACCGACUGACACGACUGUGACUGAAACUGGCACUGCUUCCAAGUCUACAGUGUUUAGCUGGAGCUAUACCUACACUGGGCCCUCGUACUCGUACUCUGAGGUCACUCCAUCUGCAUCGGAGUCGUCAGCUCUGUCAUCGAGCUUCCUGACCAAGCCAACAUCGUCCGCAUCAGGUUCAUCAACCGUAUCGUCAAGCUUCCUGACUACACCAACACCAUCAAGCUCGACAGUCUGGUACACGACACACUCUUCAGUCCCUGACAUCCCGUCCUCAAUCACGUUUGAAUUCACCUCUAGCUCUCCAACGCCAUCAUACAGCAGGCGCUCAAGUUCUUCUGCUUCUCCUUCGUCGUACUCGUCGAGCUGGAGUUUUAGCUGGAGCUACAGCAAUACGCGCUCCUCGACUCGGACGACUCGGACGACUCUGAUAAGCACGCGAAGCUCGUCUUCCUCUGUUUUCUCUUCACCAUCUGUACGCUCGUCAUCCUCUGUGCGCUCGUCGUCGUCUACUAUAUUCCCACCGUGGCCGCCGGUCUUCACACCUACUACUACCAGAGCAACAUCCAGCUCAAGCGCGUUUCCUUCCCCCUCCUCGUCAGCAAGCGAGACGACAAACACACUCUCCGACUCGAUCCCAACAUCCUUCGGGUCCAGCAGCAAAAGCUACUACGCGGCGCCUCCGACCCCGACCGGUACCUUCACAGACGGCACAUACAGCUCAUGGCCCAUCGACUCGUCGACCGCAACCCCAACACCAACACCGAGUGAAGAAAGCUCAGUAUCCAAGCCCUCCUCCACGCCAACAGGCACCUACACAGACGCAACCAACAGCUCCUGGGACGUACCUACGCCAACGCCCUCCACACUAUCGACCGCCACAAGCCCCCGCUCCAGCAGUGCCGAGCAGAGCGAGACAGACGGGUACUACGGGCCGCCGCAGCCUACGAAGAAGACCAGCAUGGGCAAGCGCGCAAUGCAGGGCACUGACAACGACGACGGCGUAGCCAAGAUGAACGUCGCCGUGGAUGGCGCAAUGCAGACGGAGAUGCAGAGCGCGAACGAGAAGCCGAAAGAGGGACUCAUGCUGUGGUUCAUGUGA